GUUUCAUUGCAGCUGCAAUCCGUGAGCGCGUGAGCAAGUAGCGAGCGCUGAGCUGGGCUCAAUCGCUAUGCCAUGGGACGUCACCGAGGCAAGCUGGCGGCGUCUACUGACCCCGAGUACGAGUCCAGGAUCCAGGCUGCACUCAUGGGUGUCACAAAUGGCACUUACAAGAAUAUUACAGUAGCUGCAAGGGCACAAAAGGUCGCACGGCAGACUCUUAACGACCGGAGCAAGGGUCUACAUAUGUCUCGCAGAGAUUUUGCCAAGUCACAGCAACUCCUCCAGCCAUCGGAAGAGGAAGCUGUCAAGGACUGGCUGGCUCAUGAAUCUGGUGCCGCACGCCCUGUGCACCCUCGUGAUUUACGUGCCCGGGUCAACGAGAUUAGUGGAAGGGUUCCCGGAAAGCAUUGGCAUCGUCGUUACCUCGCUCGUCCCAAGAAGUCUAUUUCUACUCACAAGCCACGGAAUCUUGACCCGAAACGUGCUCAGAACUUCAACAAAACAACUGUUGAUGGAUACUUCACGCUUCGGAUCGACCUCGAUAAGAAAUAUAAUGGUAUUCCCGCAGCGCAUAAUUGGAAUAUGGAUGAGAAGGGCAAUCAGAUGGGAGGUGGUCGGAAUGGUGAUGGGUCAAAAUUUAUUUUUGCAACCAAGGACCGUGAUUUCUACCGUCAACAUAGCGAUAAUCUAGAACUUGUGACGAUUUUGGAAUGUGCAAAUGCAGCUGGUGCAACAAUGUCACCGUACGUUUCAGUGUCCCUGCACCACAUCCACCAUAUUUUUUUGCUCAACCCGCGCAUCCGAGUCCGAGUCACGGACUUCAUAAUCCAUCUACUAGUAUGCAUCAAUACCCACAUCCACAUACAUUCCCUCAGCAAUAUUUUACACAUCAUUAAUGAUUGCAUUUAGUUCUAUAUAAUUUUUCGGUACAUACUGUAGCUCACAGACUUAUAAGUAGCGUCCUAAUCAAUCACUGUUGAAGUUCACGAAU